AUGUCAGAGGCAUUCUAUACCUCAUCUUCGCAAGGUGGAUUCUCAGCAACCUCGCCGCCGUCCACUUCUCCCACCUCAUCAGCACCACCUCCACCACCGCCGAAACCUAUAUCUCAAAGUGCUGAUCCAAGCCGGAGUGGCACGCCUAUUCACUCUUUCGUUGCCAGCUCCGUUGCAGCUCCUGGUACUUCCUUUCAAUCUCCUGGCCCAGCAGCCACAAAUUCACCCCGACCUCAGCCACCACUGCCCAUCUCGACACCUUCAACACCAACACCCCAGGCUGCAUAUCAAUCUCGACAGUACACACCGAUACCACCUCCGACGCUCCAAGAUCGGUGGAUACCACCCCAGAUAGCCGAUAAACCCAUUAAUGAGCUACAGACACUGGUAAACAAUCAGACACUUCUUGCAUCUUUGGCAUCUACACAUCCAUCCUAUGCCUCUUCACUUGUUCCUUUACAAGACGCAAUUCAAGCCAAUGUACAGACAUCUCAGCAAAUAUCUCAGUUAGAGGCUCAGCUGCGAAAACUCAGAGAUGAGACAGCCCAGCUUUUGUUGAAUCACACAUCCCUGCAGAAUCAGUGGAGGAGGAAACAGAGUGAGAUGGAUGAUGCACUAUCGCCAUGGGGACCACGACAAAUGUACCAGCGGCUACUUUCGGGCAUCACUGAGCAGGAGUCUGUGCUUAAAGCCAUGCAGGAGAGUUUUCUAGAGGGUUCCAAUUCCGAUGAUGGCUAUUACGGAAGUGCUGAUGGAAAGGCCAGUGAAAAGGAGGUUACAGAAUGGGUCAGGAGGAUUAGGGAAGGCGCUACGACUUUAGAGAAGAGGAGGGAAAUGAGAGCAAGGUGGGAUGAAGGAAGAGUCGGUGGUUGGAGAUGA